AUGGACGACAUGGAUGCAGAUCAGAUUCGCAGCAAGCGGCUGGCCAAGCUUGCUUCCCAAACUACGGGCUCUCCCUCGUCACCGCAGACCGAGCCCCAGUCUUCCUCAAAGCCCGCUUCGCCUCCUCCAGCCCCUCAGCAACAACAUCCGCAGCCGAGCUCUUCGUCAGAAACGCCUCCAGCUUCGAAUAAACCCUCAGAAAUAAAACGCAUUAGAAUCACGCAGACGGGAAACCAAGGCUCAUCAGCUAAAGCCCCGUAUAGGCCUCCAGAAACUAUAGAAGAGUUUGAAAACCGGACGCUAUGCAAUAUAUUCAGGCUUUCCCUUCAAGAGGACAGACGAACGGAUAUACACGGCCAGAAACUAACGUACUUGAGUGGAGUGCGUCAAGACCUUGAAGAUGAAGGAGCUCCCAUUCGUAUGAGUGUCACCAUCCUAGACCAGGCGUUGCUUGAAGCGGCUUCACGGGCAGACGACCAAAAACCUCUGUCAUACUUACUACCAUGCUGGAAGAGAAUAUCCACCCUGUCCAAGGGUUUCAAGAAACCUGCAGUUGGCGAACCAAAGUACGACAUCAUUCUAGAAGCCCGGAGGCUAUGCAUAGGAUAUUGUAUCUUUGCAGCAACGAUGCCGGAAAUGUUUGGGGUCGAGUCUCCUCCGUCUGCCCCUCUUAAGCCACACCUUCUAUUAGACCCAGAUGAAGAUCAAGGUCUCAAUCAGGAGUUCAUUCAGGAGGCUCUAAAACGGGCAGAGGAAGAUGAUACAAUUAUUCCAGCCUUUGUUACGGCUGUUGAGGAGAUGAGCAAGGAUCUUUCGAGACUUACCCUUGAUGACGAUUAUCAGCCUUAUAUGAUGGCACUGCGUAACCUUGUUCGCUACCCAGCAAUAGCCACUGCUAUUACGGAGUCCCCCAAGUUUAUGCCAGUGACUUUAGCAUCUCACUUUGAAAUACUAACGCUUCUCGGCCCGUGGUUUGCUCUCUCCCCCCUCCAUCCUAACGUAACCCUCAAGUAUUUUUCCAGUCCCAAAACCCGAGAUCAACACUUUAUUCUGAACGCACAAAGAUCAAUGAGGAUGACACAGCAACUGGUGCAGAGUGAGUUAUUAGAUAUCGUCAAUUUCCUAAUUAGGGCGUCAAAAUCUGCACGAGAGAAUGUGUUAGAUUGGUUUGCGGCAUCCUUGAACGCCAAUCACAAACGUAGGGCUCUCAAUGUAGACCCUAAGCAAGUCUCUUCUGAUGGCUUCAUGUUCAACAUCACUACCUGUCUCGAUCAGCUUUGUGAACCCUUCAUGGAUGCCACCUUUACAAAGAUUGACAGGAUAGAGUUGGAGUACCUUAAACGGAACCCACGAGUCCAGAUGAGGGAUGAAACGAAAUUAAAUGCUGAUCAGGAAACAUCAGAUGCGUUUUACAACAAGACAGUGGAAGGACAAUCAAAUUUUAUCACAGAAAUAUUUUUCUUGACUGUCGCUGCCCACCACUAUGGCAGCGAAUCAUUAACUUCAAAACUCAAUGGUCUUCAUAAACACAUUCGUGACAUGCAAUCACAUAUAGAUCGUUUUGAGCUUGAGAGGCCUCGGUGGGCUUCUAACCCCCCACAACUUCGUAUGUUCGAAGAAGCACUAAAGAAGUACAAGGACCGACUUGAACUUGGCAUGGCCCUCGAAUAUGCUCUUCAAGGACUACUCCUUGACGAACUUUGGCAAUCCAGGUCCAUGCAAUUCAUGAGAUACGUGAUAGUUUGGUUGCUACGUUUGAUAUCCGGACGGAACUUCCCGAAGGAAUCAAUUCAGCUACCGCUACCAGAUCAACAAUCCGAGGGGUUGAAAUGUCUUCCAGAGUACUUCCUUGACGACAUAAUCAGCAAUUUUAAGUUCGUAUUGCUGAAUAUGCCGCAAAUCGUUACCUCAACCCAAGGGGAUGAGUUGAUGAUUCUCUGCAUCACACUUCUGCAGAGUACCAACUAUAUCAAGAAUCCAUCUAUGAAAUCAGGCUUAAUUACUAUUCUCUACUAUGGUACUUUGUCCCGUCGACGAGGUGGCAGAGGAGUUCUUGUUGACAUGUUCAACUCCAUGCCAUUCGCCCUGAACCACCUUCUCCAUAGUUUAAUGAUGUUUUACAUCGAGGCAGAAUUCACGGGCACGCACACACAGUUUAGCGAUAAGUUCAGCAUUCGAUAUGAGAUAUUCCAGAUUAUCAAGUGCAUCUGGCCCAACCAAGUCUAUCGGGAGAAACUCUCGGUCGAAGCGAAGAAGAACUUGGAUUUCUUUGUCCAGUUUGUGAAUCUUCUACUCAACGAUGUAACUUAUAUCCUUGACCUGUCGUUCACCUCCUUCAUCAAAAUUCAUGACACCCAAGAAGAGUUGAACCGGGAGGGAAGUUCCAUGGACGAGAAUGCGCGACAAGAAAAGGAAGAGUUCCUGGAUGGCGAGAAACGCCGCGCGAAAGCAACUAUGCAAUUGACCAACGAAACAGUUGCGAUGCUUAAGCUCUUCACGGAGGCGUUGGCUGAUUCAUUUACGAUGAAGGAGAUUGUCCAGCGUCUGGCUGAUAUGAUCAACUACAACCUUGACGCCAUGGUUGGCCCAAAGAGUGCAAACUUACGAGUGGACAACCCGGCUGAAUAUGGCUUCAACCCUCGCAACAUGCUGAAUGAGAUCACUGAUGUGUAUUUGAAUCUCAUGGACAAGGAAAGCUUCAUUCUAGCUGUUGCUCGGGAUGGUCGAUCGUAUAAACCAGCGAACUUUAAAAAGGCUGCCGAAAUCCUUCAAAAGUUUGCUCUCAAGUCCCCAGAAGACCUGGCUAAAUGGGACAGGCUCCAGGAUGCUGUCAAGGCCGCCAAAGAGGAAGAUGAACAGGCGGAAGAGGACCUAGGAGAGAUUCCAGAUGAAUUUUUGGGUUCGUAUUUAGGACUUGGGUAUCAAGACCCUUAUAAUCCCCUUAUGUAUACGCUCAUGGAAGAUCCUGUUAUCUUGCCUAGUUCAAAAGUGUCGAUUGAUAGGUCAACCAUCAGGUCUCAUCUUCUGAGUGAUCCUAACGAUCCUUUCAACCGAGCACCGCUGAAAAUCGAGGAAGUUGUUCCAGAUAUCGAGCUGAGAGAGAAAAUUGAAGCUUUCAGGGCGGAGAAAAGGGCUGCUAAAAUGAACGCAACCCAAACGGAGGGCAGCGAUAAGAUGGAGACAGGCCCUGGUUAA